CUAAACCCUGGAGUUGAGUCUAACCCUCUCCGGAGACAAACUUGAGAAAGCGAAACCAUCAACCAUGAAGAUGGAUAGGAUAAGUUUCUUACCGGACUCUAUCCUUUGCGACAUUCUCUCAUACCUCCCAACAAAAGAAGCUGUAUCCACCGGUAUCCUCUCUCGCAGGUGGCGCCAUGUUUGGAAGGAUCUCCAAGUCCUUGACAUAGAGGAUAGAGCCCCUUGGUGGACUCCGGAAUGGGAAGAUCGAUUUUAUUCGUAUGUGAAAGCUAUUUUAGCUCAGCGCAAUACAGAUUACUCAAUUCAAAAGUUCCGCCUCACUUGCAAUAUAGUUUCAGAGAGUCUCAUAUUAACAUUGCUUGAUGCCAUCAUUGGGCCCCAUCUUCAAGAACUGUAUCUCAGCAUUGAUCCGGUGUUUGGAAUCAACUUGCCUAAAGCCAUACUCACUUGUCCAUCGCUCAAGUCCCUUGUUUUGAAGCAUGAUAGUUAUUUGGAUUAUUAUCCAGAGUUUCCAAAUGUUUAUCUGCCAUCCCUCAAGAACCUACACUUGGAUACCAUCUAUGCCGACCCCAGCAAGCUUUUAUCCGGCUGCCCUGUUCUUGAAAAUCUUAAACUCAUUGUAUCGAGCAUAUCCCCAGAUAAUAGUAAAGUUUAUAUACCUACAAUCCAGAUGCCUUGCAAAUUGAAAAGUUUAAUCUUUGAAGAUAACAUGUUUUUUUAUGGGAUUGGCCAUCGUGUGAUAGACACGCCAUCUCUUGAAUACCUCCACAUGAAAAUAACGACCCUCAUGAACUCUGAGCUAAAGUUUUCUUUUAGCAAUUUCACUAACAUGGUGGAGGCACAUCUUGAUAUUCUUCAUGUCUCUAUUAAGCAUGUCGGUUGGGUGCCCCGCCUUUUCAAUGCACUCCGCGAAACAAAAUUCUUGGCAUUGAAAGGUUACACAGCACUGUGCUUAUUUAGUGCCCCAGCUUUCAAAUUUCACCGUUUGCUCAAUCUAGAGCUUGAUGUUACAUGUUUCAACACAAACUUCCUGCUAAACUUUCUUCAUAAUUCUCAUGUACUUGAAACUCUUGUGAUUCAUGAUAUUUCCAGGGACAAAUAUUUUCAUCCGGUGGAGUAUGAUGGGCCAGCACCACCAACCUUGGUUCCCAAUUGUGUGACGUCACAUCUCAAGAGUUUUGAAUUUAGAGGAUAUGAAGACUCUGCAGGUGAGCGUGAAUUUAUUGCAUAUCUUUUACAAAGAGGACUUGCUUUGAAGACAGUCACAAUUCAUCUUAAAUAUGUUUUCAACCAAGAGACAAAGUACGAUAUUGUCAGGGAAUUAUCUGCUAUACCAAAGGGCUCUGCAACAUGUCAGCUAAAUUUCAUUGACCAAAAUGCUGUUGAACAUGGUUGAUGGCAAGUUGGCAACUCUACACUUUGGUCAACUGCAAAACGAUUUUUGAUGCAUCAUGACUAGGAUAUGAACCAUGUUUUUAUUUUUU